AUGACUAUUGAUAUACAGGUUACGAUGAAACGACAUAUUGGCGAUCGAACUGAACAAUAUGUUGAAUGGACACCUGAAGAUAUUCAUCCAGGAGAAUGGAUCAAAGGUUCAGACAUUAAAUUAAAACCAAAACAUGUACCUAUUAAUGAACUGAAUGCGACUCAACUCAAUCGUCUUUUACCACCAAUAUAUGCUUAUCGUCCACGUAUUCGAGGACAACGGAAGCGUUCCGUAAUCUCAGCACUACAAAGCAAAUAA